UGCACCUGGAGACUUGCAGACACGGGACAAAGUCUGUGUCUGCAUUCACACGUGCAGGGUCAGCAUGAGGAACGUGGCUCAGAUAGGGUCUGAGAGGUCCCGGGUAGCAGAGCCAGGCCCAGGAGCGUAAGUUCUAGGCUGGCCCUUCCGUUGGAGGAGAUGGGGUUACUCCUGGGUGUCCAGGCAGAGGAAGAGAAACUGCCAGGUAGGGGUAUUGAGAAGGGGGAUCAGACAGUGGAGAACCUCUAAAUGCCCUUCCCACCUGGGCGCCUAAACUCAGUUCUUUGCCUUCUGCCUUUCAUGGUCUGGGGAGAGGGAGACCUGGGUCCUGCCUGCGGCCACUACCCCAACAAGGGCCGUCUUCAUCAAGUUGAGCAUUUGCUUUCCUAUUGUGGGCCCCCUUCCACUUCCAUUCUAGAUUCAUGCCCAUACCUUCUGCUGUGUGUCAUCCUGCAGGCCUGGAGGUGAGGGAGGGGAGGUGGACAGGUGCCUGGAUCUGUGAGCAUACCUGGGAUGGGGGGAGGGAGGUGCUGCCCUAAGAACACAGGAAGAGGUCAGAGAGAGGCUGACUCACUCAUGUUCUGUAGCCAAGUUGCUCUGGAGUGUUUCGCCUCCCACACCUGCUUCUCCCCUCGCCCUGGGCGCCUGUUUGUCUACCUCAUCCUAAGCUAACACCUCAAAGCCAAGAGGAAAUCAGUCUCCCCUCGCAGUCCCCAGCAGAGUCGGCCUCAGGAAGGGGGAUCAGUGAAUGGGUUGAGCUGGGUUCAGGUUCAUAUGGGAACCCAACAGGGUUUUUUGAGAAACAGGUUAGCUGGGCCCAUGUGUCUGAGUAUAAGUAUUUCUCUCCUGGACCUCGACCAGCACUGCUAGAGAGCAGACACGAGUCCUGAGAAGGGUUGAUGCGGGAUUGAGAAAAAGAAAGAGACAGACACAGAGACAGUAGGGAAAGCUGGGACCGAGUAGGACAGCUGGCCCUCUGGUGCAGCACAUGUAUUUUAUACAGUAUGAUUCCAGGAAGUUUUACUAGAGUUUAAGACAAAGGAAAUUAUGUGAAAUCAUGGUUAAAGAUCAACCUGUAAUUCUUCAUUCUUGUGGCUUCAUUGUAAUUGUCACUCCUGGCUGAGCCCGGAUAACUGCGUCCGUUCCUUGCGCCUGGCUGAACUUAGAUAAUGAAACCCACCCCCUGGCACCUGAGCCCUGUUGCCAGGAUGUGGCUCUGCCAACACCACUGGACUCAGCUGACAAUAAUCGAAGAAAUGCUCAAGGAGAGGCCAGACCCAUUCUGCAGGGCCACUGAAGCUCCACAAACAGAGGAGACCCUGUGCCUUCCAUCUGAAGAGGUGGUUCAAGUCGCGUGUUCCAGUCCCGGGUUGUGGCUUGAAUGCCUUUAGUUUGUAAAACUGUCUCCGAUAACUCGGCUGCACACCCUCAGAGCCCGUGAUGUUGGGGAGGAGGAAGCGGCAGCGUCUCCCUCCAAUGGCAGCGGGAGAGUCGACGGUCAACCUUGCUGUUCCUCCCACGGUGAAGCUGGAAAAUGGGAGCUCAGCCGAUGUCCGCAUCGCCCUUCAGCAUCCCCUAAAUGCAACCUUGGUGAUCACUUUUGAAAUCACAUUUCAUUCAAAAAAUAUCACUAUCCUUGAGCUGCCGGAUGAAGUUGUGGUGCCUCCCGGAGCGACAGAGUCCUCUUUUCAAGUGACAUCUCGAAAUGUGGGACAAAUUACUGUUUUUCUGCACGAAAAUCAUUCCAGCCAAACCGGCCCAAGGAUACGCUUCUUGGUGAUCCGCAGCAACGUCGUCAGUAUCAUAAACCAGGUGGUUGGCUGGAUCUACUUUGCCGCCUGGUCCAUCUCCUUCUACCCGCAGGUGAUCAUGAACUGGAGGCGGAAAAGUGUUGUCGGUCUGAGCUUCGACUUCGUUACCCUGAACCUGACGGGCUUCGUGGCCUACAGCGUGUUCAACGUGGGCCUCUUCUGGAUGCCACACAUCAAGGAGCAGUUUUUCCUCAAAUACCCGAAUGGCGUGAACCCUGUGGCGGUUAACGACAUCUUCUUCAGCCUGCACGCCGUGGCCCUCACCCUGGUGGUCCUGGUGCAGUGCCUCCUGUACGAGCGCGGCGACCAGCGGGUGUCCUGGCCUGCCAUCGGCUUCCUGGUGCUCUCGUGGCUCUUCGCGCUCAUCAUCAUGAUUUUGGCCGCAGUCGGGGUAAUCACGUGGCUGCAGUUUCUCUUCUGCUUCUCCUACAUCAAGCUCGCGGUGACACUGGUCAAGUACUUUCCGCAGGCCUACAUGAACUUUGUCUACAAAAGCACCGAGGGCUGGAGCAUUGGCAACGUGCUUCUGGACUUCACUGGGGGCUGCUUCAGCCUCCUCCAGAUGUUCCUCCAGUCCUACAACAAUGACCACUGGACACUGGUCUUUGGAGACCCGACCAAGUUUGGACUCGGCAUCUUCUCCAUCUUCUUCGACGUUGUCUUCUUCAUCCAGCACUUCUGCUUGUACAGAAGGAAACCCGGGCUUCAGGCAGCACCCACAGGUUCUGAGAACCAUGCCAACCAGGACUGGACGAGGAGCUGGGAGCAGGCCUUGCCUCAAGCAACCAGUGUUUCUGGGAGCAGCUUGAAGGACUGAACUUGCAGCUUUGGUGUCACUGCUGUUCCCAGAGACCAAGCAGCCAGGUGCUGUGGCCAGUGGACUGAGGGGUGCUGUGCUGGUGGCAGAGGGGCUGGGACUUUGGGGUUGGGCCUUGGGGUCCCUUCUCUGAGUCUGAACACCCUUCCUGACACUUAUUCUACAUAACCCAGCUUCCAUGACUGCAGGCACAGGGGGCCCUGGCCAGCGCCUAGUAAAGAAACAGUAUUUCUGGGUCUUGAGGUGCCCAGCACCCUGUGGUUCUGAACUGGGCUCACUCCCAACACCCUGUGGCUCUUUAUCACAUUAACACCCCUUUUGGCUUUUUGGGAGGGAUGUUUUGGAAGUGAGUAGCUGUCUGCCUACCUCCACUUUCCAGUCAGGGGCCCACGUGAAACCCUCAGCUGCUCCUUCCCCUGUGUCUGGAUACAAGACACACACACACUCACACUCACUCACUCCGUGCCUUAGAGGCCUCUUGGACCCGCCAAAUGGUGAGCUCCCCUGGAGGAGGGCAGGCCUGCCUCCCCUCACUUCCCCCAGACCUGAGACUCGCCAAUUUUGGGCUGUUCAGUAGCCUCAGAGAAGGACUUGAGACCACCUCACAUAAGACCCAUGGGCCAGCUCUGAUCCCAAAUCCCCUUCCCUCCAAACCCAACCAGUUGACACCAGAUGGCAGCCUCUGGAAACAUGCCUUGUAUGUGCCUUGAGAUUGUCUAUCCACUCUCCAACUUUUUACUACAAGUUCAAUGAGGGGCCUGUAUCCUGGAUUAAAACCCGUUUCCUUUUGUGCGCCGAG